AUGAGAGUCGCUCGCAAUAUUCUUCUCGUAGCUCUUUGCUGCCAAGCCACCACUGCUUUGGUGACACCCACGCGCCAACAUGCCAUUGCCAAUCCCAGUGUCAUGACACCCAAAACUCGGCUUUCCUCCGAUGUUGCUGCUGAGGCUCCCCGAGGAGGAGAGCAAGGUGGAGGUACUGCGACUAUCCCUAAUGAGGUUUUCAAUCUAAUUAAAAGCAUAGUCGGAGCAGGAGUUCUCAGCUUGCCUGCAGGUGUCGCCGCCUUUGGAAAUGCCCCAUCCGCAGUCGCUCCCGCCGCUCUUUUGAUUGCUGUCAUGGGUGCCAUCUCUGCAUACACUUUUGGAUUGAUUGGACGUGUCUGCCGAACAACCAACACCAUGAGUUACGCAGAAGCUUGGGAUGUUUCCGUUGGCAAGAGUACUUCCUUCAUCAUUGCCUUUUCUUGCUUCAUUGACUGUUGGUUCGGAAACUUGAGUUAUUCCAUGAUCUUGGCAGAUACCAUGGUCAACCUGUUGUCCAGUGUUGGAAUUGUUGCCACCCGUACCCAAUCCCUCCUUGGAGUCACUGGCAUUGUCUUGUUACCGCUGUGCUUGAUGAAGAACUUGGCUAGUCUUGCACCUUUCUCUCUUGUUGGUAUUAUAGGUAUGCUGUACACCAUGUUUGCCAUGGCCAUGCGAUACUUUGGAGGAGCCUACGCUUCGGGAGGAAAGUACUUGGCCACUGCUCUUGUCGCCCCAACCUUUGGCGCUAGCGGAGCCAAGGCUGCCUUGAGUGCCAAGUCCCUCAUUUUGACUUGCAUGCUUUCCAACGCCUACAUUGCCCAUUUUAACGCUCCCAAAUUCUUGGCGGAACUCAAGAAUAAUACCAUGUCCCGAUUUUACCAAGUGAUCGCCUGGAGUUUCGGUUCUGCCAUUUUGAUUUACGCUGCUAUGACUGCCUUGGGAUUCUUGACUUUUGGUGCCGCCUCGAAUGGGCUUAUUUUGAACAACUACUCCACGAAAGAUUUUCUCAUGAGCAUGAGUCGCAUCGCUGUGGCAAUUAGUGUCACUGGAUCGUAUCCAUUGCUUUUCAGCGGAACCCGUGACGGUCUUUUGGAUCUCUUCAAGGUCCCACAAGAAGGAAGAAAUAACUCCCUCUUCAACAAGUUGACUUUGGGAGUAUUGGCAGGUACCACUUUGGCAGCCGCCAAGUUGACCGAUUUGGGAUUGGUCGCUAGUGUCGGAGGAGCUACCUUCGGUACCGCUUUGGUCUUCAUCUACCCUACCAUCAUGUUCCUCAAGACACAAAAGGGAAAGAGCACUUUGGAAACCAAGUUGUGCAAGCUCAUUGCCGCUUUGGGUGUUGUCAUGGGUGCCGUUGGAACCAAGUUGGCUCUGCAAUAG